GAUGGACCUCUCAGAUCAAUGAUCUCACUCUCGAUCUUCAUUUCCAGAUCGAAGCGAAGCGAAGCGAAGGAGAAGAAUGGCUUCUCUACUGAGCAGAAGACUAGCCACAAUCGCUCCCGCGGCGCUGAGAAGCUCAUUCAGAGCCGCCGCCACCUCGCAUUUUACGACGUCUGCGUCGUCUUCUUCUUCUUCUUCUUCCGCCAACCAUCGUAGAUUGUCAUUUCCUUUUGGAAUCUUCGCCGCCGCCUGUGGCGGAACCGCCUAUUUCUACAGCUAUGGCUCCACGGGACAGGUUCUUCUAGACCAACAACCAGAUGAAACAGCAAGGGAUGUAGCCCUCAACCCUGAAAAGUGGAUCAAAUUUGAACUGCAGGAAAAAGUGAGUGUUAACCACAACACAUACUUGUUCAGGUUUCACUUCGAUCCUCCUGUCAAGUUGGGGCUUGAUGUGGCUUCAUGUAUUCUUACAAGGGCUCCAAUUGGAAAUGACGCUGAAGGAAGUGUCAAAUAUGUUAUCCGCCCGUAUACUCCAAUUUCAGAUCCAGAUGCUAAAGGAUAUUUUGAUUUAUUAGUAAAGGUUUAUCCAGAAGGAAAAAUGAGUAAACAUUUAGCUAGUCUGGAACCAGGAGAUUUGGUAGAAGUGAAAGGGCCAAUUGAGAAGCUCAGGUACAGUCCUAACAUGAAAAGGCAUAUUGGCAUGAUAGCAGGUGGCACAGGCAUCACUCCUAUGCUACAAAUUAUUGAAGCUAUUCUAAAAGAUCCUGCUGACAACACUCAGGUCUCUCUGAUUUAUGCAAAUAUAUCACCAGAUGAUAUAUUGUUAAAAAGGAAACUGGAUGUGCUUUCAGCAAGUCAUCCCAAUUUCAAGGUGUUUUACACUGUUGAUAAUCCAUCCAAGAACUGGAGAGGAGGCACCGGUUACAUAUCAAAAGAGAUGAUAUUGAAAGGAUUGCCUUGCCCAAGUGAUGAUACUCUUAUUCUUGUAUGCGGUCCUCCUGGAAUGAUGAAACACAUAUCAGGAGAUAAGGCCAAAGAUCGAUCGCAAGGCGAACUUUCAGGACUUCUUAAAGAGCUUGGGUACACACAGGAGAUGGUGUAUAAAUUUUGACAGUCACUUGCAUUCUUCAUGGAUAGCUACCAUGAAUCGACAAGUGAUUCGGCUUGGAGUUUUUUUUUCCCCUUAUUGCUUGGAAACUGCAAUGCAAAACUUUUUUUGCAGUCAUAUGCAGGAGUGGCUAGGGUCUUACAGACCAGUCUCCAUGUUAUAGUGUAAUAAUUCCUCCUUACGAUCGAUGCUAUGCAGCAGGUUCUAAGGUGUUAGGGCCUCUGCUCUUGACGUCGUGUUAACAGGAUAGACAGUGACAGCACAAGAAUUAUGUAACUGCACAAACCAAAAGGAUGCUGCUUUUCUUAAUAACAAACCAUUCAAGAACAAAGUUUUCUGAAAAA